AUGUCAAUGUACGGCCCCUUCCGGCGCAUCGUCACCUCGCACGCCGAGGCGGACACCGACGGCUCGCAGGUCGAGCUGCACGACGACACGCCGCCGUUCCGCACAGCUCUGGACGGGGGUGCGGCCUUCACCGCGCUCUUCGCGACCCUCGGCCUGCCUGCCAAGUCGACACAUGCCAUCGACAGCGCAGGCAUCGACGCCGCGGCGGCGCUCGCGCCCGCCGUGGUGACGCCUAACGGCGUCAACGCGCAGGUCACCGACCUCGCGCCGAACUUCCGCGUCGCGAUGCACCGCACCAACUCGGUCGACUACAAUGUUUUGUUGAAGGGCAGCGUGUACCUCAUCACGCCCGACGGCGAGGGGAAGGAGAAGCGCACGCUCGUGCAAGCCGGCGAGAUUGUUAUUCAACGGGGCACGGUGCACGGGUGGGAGGCUGGCCCCGAGGGCGCGCGCUGGGUCAGCGUCAUCGUCAAUGCUGAGCCUGUUGUUGCUGGGGGCAAGCCGUUGGAAGAGGUCGACUUUCCCAUGUCCUUCAGCGAGGCAUGCGAGUCGCCAGACUUUAAGCGGUGGCUCAUCACCACCCUCGAGCCGAUGUGCGACGCCGAUCCCGACGUGCUCGCCGACUAUAUCAUCGCGCUGCUCAAGCACGAGUCGAGCAUGACCGAGGCCGAGUGGAAGAAGUACAUGGUCGACGAGCUCAAAGAGUUCCUCGACGCCAACUCCGCCCCCUUCGUCGACCUCUGCUUCACAACAUUGCAUACAAAGUCGUACCUCCCCCAGCAGCAGGCUGGUGCUCCAGCUGCCCCUGCCGCUGAGCCCGUCGCGGGCCCGUCGUCGCCAAGACGCGCGGGCAACGAGAUCGAGAUGGGCGAGGCGGGAGAGGUCGGCGCGCCACAGGGUGGACAGGCGCCGCGGAAGCGCGCUCGCUGCCGCGACUAUCAUGAACGCGGAUUCUGCAUGCGCGGAGUCAACUGCCCCUUCGAACACUCGGACGACGUCUUCAUCCCAACACCCGAGCAGAUGAUGUUCCAGAUGCAGCAGGCCCAGCAGGGCUUCAUGGGGCCUCCUGGACCCGGAGGGCGCGGCGGCCCCCGAGGACGCGGACGGGGAGGACACCGUGGCGGACGCGGCGGCGGACCAGGGGGUCCCAUGGGCCCCAUGCCCGGCAUGCCGUUCGACCCCAACAUGCCUCCCUUCAUGGGAGGGCCGCCUGGCAUGCCUGGCGGCCCACCGUUCAUGCCCUUCCCUCCUGGUGGCGGCCCAGCAGCAGACUUCCAGGGCACGAACCGUCCCCCCUCGGACCGGACAUCAACGACGAUUCUCAUCACCGACGUGCCGCCGCAGCACCUGUCAAUGGGCGCGAUCCGCGACUACUUUGGCCAGUUUGGCGACGUGACAAACGUCGCUAUCGAGGGCAACUCGAAAAGAGCACUCGUGUCGUUUGGUUCUAACCGCGAGGCGUACAAGGCGUGGAAGUCGGACGAGGCCGUGUUUGGCUCGCGGCAUGUCAAGGUGCUGUGGCACCGUCCCCGCCCCGGCCAGGGCGAGGAGGGCCAGAAGGCGCUCGAGAAGAGCGCGCAGCUCAUCGCCAACAUGAAGAAGCUGGAGAGCGGCGAGAAUGCCCAGGGCGACGUGGUCGCCAAGCUCGAGGGCCCCGAGAGCCGGCUCAAGAAGACGCUCGCGCUCCUCGAGGCCAAGGAGAAGCGCCAGAAGAAGGAGACGCUGAUCGCCGAGCAAAAGGUCCUGUUUGCGCGCGCGGCCACCGCGUCAAAGGAGGACAAGGUCGCCAUCCUCGGCCGCAUCAAGGAGAUUGCCAAGGAGAUGGAGGAGGCCGACAAGCCCGCGCCCGAGCCAGUUGACACGGACAUGACGGACAAGGACCGCCUCGACGCCGAGCUGGCCAAGCACGGCAUGGAGACGAGCGCCGGCGCCGACCAGGCCGAGCUGCUCAAGCUCAACGCGCAGCUGUCAGCCCUGAAGGACAAGGCGUCCUCCCUCGGUAUCACUGGCAACCGUUUCUCGCCGUACGGCCGCGGCGCUCCUCGCGGCAGCCCGCGUGCGCGCGGACGGGGACGCGGCCGCGGCGGCGCUUUCACGCGCCCGAUGCGCCUCGACAACCGCUCGACGACGAUCCACCUCACUGGUGAUGCGCUGGCUGGCGGCGACGCCGCCGUGCGCGAGUGGUUCGAGAGCACGGGCGGGCGGAUCGAGACUGGCCCCGAUGGCGGCUUGUUGGCGACGUACGAGUCGCGCGAGAAGGCCGAGAAGGCGCUCUCGCACGGCACAAAGGACAUUCCCAACCUCGCUGGCAACCUCAACGCCGCGUGGCACUCGGCCCCGGCGCCAGCAUACGCUGGCAACGGCGCUGCAUCUGCGGCGGCUGGGGCGGCGGACGGCGACGGCGAGGUCGACAUGGAGGAGGGCGAGCGCCGCGACCGCGACCUCGACUAGGUGGUGGUAUCUGUAGCAGCAUAGACGUAUAAACAAAAAGAAGAAGACAUCUGUCGUGUGAUCCUUGGUUGUCGUCAGCCCGAGCCGCAUUGGAGGCGAGGCUAGCAUAGCAUGUACUGCAUUGGUGCUUUA